AUGGGACUUCCAGGCUCCAAACCUGCAUCCACAAACCCAAGGCAUUGCAUCGUUUUGUUAACCUUCACCAUAGAAUUUGCCCCAUGGAUUCUCCACUCAACCCCACCUCCAAGGACCAUAUCUAUUGCUGACACAUUCCCAACCGUUCUCGAACUGAAGCACGCCCCAAAUGGCGCCACCGAGUUUUCCCGUCAAGCCCAAAUUUGUUCAUCUGUGGACCGGCUCAUCAAAACGCUGGCCACCUACACUGAGAUGAGCAAAACCAGGAUGCAGAAAAGGGAAGAUCCUUCGUGUCUGAUUGACUGCUGGAUGCAGGAAACACUCAAGGAAAUCGAGGAGGCCAAGCUCACCGGAGAGCCGGUGACACCGUUCUCCGCCGACUCCGAGAUUGGUGGUUACCUCUUUGUGGCGCAGGAUGAGUCCACGUCGUCGCUGCUGUGGGUGGUGGUCCGUGAGGUAGUGAGGUUUCGGUCGCCGGCGACGCUGGUGCCGCAUAUCGCGGCGGAGAGGUUCGCCCUGACGGAGUCGUACACGAUACCAAAGGGGACGAUCGUGUUCCCGUCGACGUUUGAGUCGGCGUUUCAAUGGUUCCACCAGGAGCGGUUCUCGAAGAAGAGACAGGAGGACCAAGUAUUUGAAAACAGUGCAAUGGACAACGGAGGUGCAAAGGUGAUGACGCAGCAGCAGGAAUGA